CACGAUAUUUAUUAUUUAAUUUUACCCAUUGAUUAUUUUAACUACAGAUUAACUAAUUCUGCAUUAAAAUUUGAUUUGUGGAACUCAGUAUGAAACUUCUGGAGCAAGUUCAGUGACGUUGCGCUGGCCCAAUGUCACAUAGACGUAUCCCACUGGCCAUGGUGCUGUUUAACGGGUCCAUUAUUCUCAUCUUGACUGACCGGCCACACGCUACAUUGAUAUAUAUGGGGAGAGCAGACCCGUGACACAUUUAUGCAUGGUCAGGUGGAAACGUUUUUCAACUGUUCCAGCAGUGUUGGAGGUAUAGGAAGCAGAACAGCUCGUUUACAUCGGCUACAUGCUAAGCAGAGACCACCAGGGAUACUGGACUGGUGUCUGGUCAUGCAACAAGUUCAGCCGUUCUUACACCGGAUAGCAUGCUUGUAAGUCGUGUUUGUUCAAUCACAGAGCUCCGUUUCUUACACGUGGAACUAUUUCCAUGCAGACAGAUAGUUCUUUAUGGAUAUUUAGGAGCAGAAACGUCAUGAAUUUGGAGAACUCGCCAAAUCCACAUUAACAGGCAACCGACAGGAAAUAAAGGAAUGGAUGGGGUUAACUUUUAAGAGCAAACACGCUCUUCUGUUGUUGGCCACGGAGCUGACGUCAUCCUCCUACUACGGCUCCUCCUCCAAUGUCCUCUGAUGUUGAUCCCUCCGCACCAGCGCAUCACCCGCAUCCUUGCAGCGUAAUCAGGAACUCUCAGAGAGACCAGGGCAGAGUGAGCGCGCAUCUCGGCGAACCACUCACAGCUCCGACCUCCCCGACGAAAAUACCCAAGGUCCUCCCUGUGACACCGGGCUGAGGCUACUGCUGUCAAGCACCCGCGACUGUAGUGAUGGAGAGUCUGCUGGAUAAUCCAAUGAAAGCAGUGCUUUACCUAAAAGAACUGACAACCAUAGUGCAAAACCAGCAGAGUCUGAUACAGACGCAGCGACAGAGGAUCGACGAGCUCGAAAGGAAGGUCGAAGAUCUCAUUGGCGAAAACCGUCGGCUGAGAGAGCCGCAUCAGUACCACCACCACCAUCCUCAUCCGCCGGCGCCGGCCGUCAGCCCGCAGCCGCAGGUCCUCCAGCAUCCUCACCCGGCCGCAAGCAAAGCCGGGACUCCAGGCCAGCCACCGCGGCAGCACCACUGCCAGCUGACACCGCCGCCGCCGCAGCAUCUUCCCCAGCCCACGCCGCCGAUCCAUCACCCGCAGCAUUUGCAGCUGGUGCCCGCUUCUCCGCCUUCUCCGAGAGCGAGCCACUCGAGCCCCGAUUCAGCGGAGGAAGACAAGAGGAGCCCGUGCUGCAAAUCACUGGUUCCGCAGACUCCCACAACCCUCUGCCGCUCGGUUGGACUCGCAAGGAAAGCCGAGAAUCAGACAGUGCUGCACCAGUUCUGCUGCCCUGCCCCGGAUGCUCCUGAGGUCGAGCCACAGGACUGUGACCCCAGCAGUGAGGAGGCUCCGUCCGCGCCGCCCGGGGCCCCUGCGGCCCCGGCAGGCGGCGGUGCCCCGCAGCGUGAGGGCUCCACGCAGCCCCAGGACGGAGAGAGCCCGGCACCGCCUGACGACGGAGGAGGGGGGGGCACGGGGGGAGUGCAGGAGCACGAGGCUCAGGAGCUGGCGGAGGCGGGAACGAGGGAGCGAGAGAAUGAGAUGGAUGGAGAGAAGGCGCCAGCCCAGGCCCAGCAGCAGGAGCAGCUGGAGGAGGAGCAGGAGGAGGGCGGGAAGAAAGAGACAGAGGAUGAGGAGGCCGGAGGAGGCAGGGGAGGCACGGGAGGAGGGGGCAGGAGGCCCAGUCUGCACCACACGGCCUCCCCCAUUAGGGUGCAGAGGAACGGGGCCUGCAGCCACGGCGGCACCUCCGACUACGAACUCUCGCUCGACCUCAAAAACAAGCAGAUCGAAAUGUUAGAGCACAAAUAUGGUGGGCACCUAAUUUCCCGCCGUGCCGCCUGCAAGAUCCAGACGGCCUUCCGCCAGUACCAGCUCAGCAAGAACUUCGAGAAGAUCCGCAACUCCCUUCUGGAGAGCCGCCUGCCCCGCCGCAUCUCACUGCGCAGGGUGCGCGUGCAGAACACCGAGGGCUUCUCGGCUGAGCGGGCGCUGGCUGAAGGCUGCCCCCCGACCGGCAUCCCCCUGGUGCGCUCCCCGUCACUGCCUGCCAGAGUGGGCACCACCCUCACUGACCUGGAGGACUCCUUCUCUGAGCAGGUGCAGUCGCUGGCCAAAUCCAUCGAUGAUGCCCUCAGCAACUGGAGCCUUAAGACCAUGUGCUCAUUACAGGAGGGAGGCACGUACCAGUUCAGCUCCGAGGCUUUCAGCACCUCUGGUGGCAAGUCCAAUAUGGCAGCAGCUGGUAGGGAGGGCAGCACCAUGGACCCUGCCACCCUGCCGUCCGGGGCUGGCCUGGGAGACAGCCCUGAGAGCAUUUCCCGGGGUGCCAGCAAGUUGAUGAUGGCUUUCCGGGACGUGACGGUCCAGAUCGACAGCCAGAACUUUCGCAUGUCCUCCUCCGUCAUGGAGUCCUCUGCCUCCGUCUCCCUCGAGAACUGUGUCCAGCAGGGGGCAGCAGUGACAGAGGGCCCCAAAGAGCCUCUGGCAGAAGACGCGAGACUGCAGGAACAGCCACCGCCUCCACAGGAGCCGAUCCCCCCACCCCCAGAAUUGGACCCCGGAGAGGUGCCCGACUACGACUUUCCGGCACCCCCACCUAGCGAAGAAGAGCUCACAGAAGAUCUACCGCCUCUCGCCCUGGAAAAGACGGACGCCUCGGGGCUGGAGCCGGCACCCCCGGCGGAGGCGUUACCCGCAGAGGAGGAGAUGGCCCUGCCUCCAUUGGAGGAGGCUGGCACCAUGCCCAUCCCUGCUGUGGAGGUCCUGGAGGCCAAGCGCAGCGAGUCAGAACCAGCGGACAACAGCUCGGAGCAGAUGAGCAGCAGCAGCACGUCCACGUCCGCCCGCUCAGCCUCCGAGGCCUCUUCCAAAGAGGCCUUGCAGACCAUGACGCUCAGCCUGCCCCGCUACCACUGCGAGAACCCAGCAAGCUGCAAGUCCCCCACCCUGUCCACCGACGUCAUGCGCAAGCGUCUCUACCGCAUCGGACUCAACCUCUUCAAUGUAAAUCCAGACAAGGGACUCCAGUUUCUCAUCUCACGUGGGUUCAUCCCAGACACACCCAUAGGUGUGGCUCACUUCCUGCUGCAGAGGAAGGGGCUGAGCCGACAGAUGAUUGGCGAGUUCCUUGGCAACAGCAAAAAACCCUUCAACAGAGAUGUCCUGGAUUGUGUAGUAGAUGAGAUGGAUUUUUCUGGAAUGGAGCUAGAUGAGGCUUUAAGAAAGUUCCAGGCUCAUAUCCGUGUGCAGGGCGAAGCACAAAAAGUGGAGCGACUCAUAGAGGCAUUCAGCCAGCGCUACUGCAUGUGCAACCCAGAUGUGGUGCAGCAGUUUCACAACCCGGACACGAUCUUCAUCUUGGCCUUCGCCAUCAUCCUCCUCAACACGGACAUGUACAGCCCCAACAUCAAGCCUGACCGCAAGAUGAUGCUUGAGGACUUCAUUCGCAACCUGCGAGGAGUAGAUGAUGGAGCAGAUAUCCCGCGGGACAUGGUUGUGGGCAUCUAUGAGCGUAUUCAGCAGAGAGAGCUCCGCUCUAAUGAGGACCACGUCACCUACGUUACCAAGGUGGAGCAGAGCAUUGUGGGAAUGAAGACGGUCUUGUCAGUGCCCCACCGAAGACUCGUGUGCUGCAGUCGUCUCUUCGAGGUGACCGACAUCAAUAAGGCCCAGAAGCAAGCUGCUCACCAGAGGGAGGUCUUCCUCUUUAAUGACCUCAUUGUGAUACUGAAGUUGUGUCCGAAGAAAAAGAGCUCAGCUGCCUACACCUUCUGCAAAGCCAUGGGUCUUUUGGGCAUGCAGUUCCACCUGUUUGAAAACGAAUACUAUCCCCAUGCGAUAAGCAUCGUGUCUCCAGUCUCUGGCUCAGAUAAGAAGCAGGUCCUGAACUUUUGUGCCCAGAGCUCUGAGGAACUGCUCAAGUUUGUGGAAGACCUGAAGGAGUCCAUCGCUGAGGUGACCGAGAUGGAGCAGAUUCGCAUUGAAUGGGAGCUAGAGAAGCAACAGGGAUCCAAGACUCCCUCAUCUAAGAACAAUGGCACCCAGCUGGAGCUCAGGGGGAGACAGAGCUCUCCAUUAGGCAAAAAGGAGGUGGAUGUGACCCAGAGUGGAGCCAGUGCGGUGGAGGUGUCAAUUCACAACAGGCUUCAGAGGUACCAGCUCAGCACAGCAGCAGCGCUGCCACGGAGCCCCGAGAGCGUCACCCUUCCUAACCAUCGGGGGGAGCUCUACCAUCAGCCCCAGCCGCCGCUGGAGUGCGCAGGCCCCACGCGCCCCUGCCCCCACCAGGCUGCUGUCCUCGGUGACACGCAGCCGGACGCAUUCAUACAGUGCAAACAAAUCGUCAAGGUCAUUGUCCUGGACAAGGGAGGCCACGGGCGCAUGGAGGCCUUCCUUGGCCACAGCCCCACCCACCACCAGCAGUUCGUCCAAUCCAUCGUCUCCACGCCUGUGCGCUCGCUGGACGGGGGCGGAUCCCGGCGGGAGAAGGACAGCUCCCAGCCCCCGUUGCCUCCGCCCCCACCACCCUACAACCACCCACAUCAGUAUAUCCCCCCCGACCCACGCUUAACCCUCCAAAGGACUCCUAGUGGCUCUCGCAGUAUAGUAUAA